AUGGAUGGGAUUUUUCGAUGUAUGGAUGGAAGAUAUGAUGUAUCUUUGGCAGAUUCUACCAUGAUGUGGAUCGUGCAUUAUGCCAUGAACAAAGCUCAGGAGAAGAUGAAGGGGAAAACAGGAGUUCUAGAGCGGUUGAAUGAGAUAUCAAAGUUCUAUGAGUUAGCAGUGAUGCAACUUGAAGGAUGUCUAAGCAUUGUUCAUGCAGAGACUGAAAGCAGCUUUCUUGAGAGCAACCAUGAAGAGGUGCUUGAUGACUUGAGAGACAUAAAACAUCGCCUUCAAUGGCGUUUAAAGGAAACGGAAUUAGCCAUAGUAGAGAAGGACAAAGAGUUGAUACAGAGAUUAGAAAAUGAGUUGCAACUUAGGCAUGCUUUAGAGAUGAAAGAAAGACAAUUGGUUGCUUUGGGAGUUAGCCAUGAGGUCGAAACAAGAAGUUUCAAUGCUGAGAAUGAUCAAACAACAAGAAAUGAGCAUAAAAAUGGUGAUGGUGAUGAAGGUUUUUGUGAGUUUAGGACUGGUGAGGAUGAACAAAAGCAUGAAAUGUUUAGUAAGGUACAAAACAAUGGUGUUGGUGGGAAAAAGGUUGAUGAGAUGGGUUCUGACAUUGAGAUACUGAAGGAGACUAUGGAUCUUGCUUUUGGGAAGAUGCAAUCUGCCCUUUUCUUGUGCGAGAUGAGGCCAAAAGAGAGGGAAUGGAAGUUGGCAAUUGAAAAAGAUGUGAUGUCGAUAUCAAUUGGAAGCUCCAUAAGGAAUUUCCAAGAGAACAUUGAAGAACAAGUGAAGAAAGAUGAGAAUCAUGUUGUCAAUGUUUGGAAGGAGCAGUGGCCAAGGUUGAUGAAUGAGUUUACAAGUUUGCAGCAUGAAUUUUCCUCUUUCUAUGACACAUAUCCUGAGGAUUCUGAUUGUUCAUCACUUUCUUCCCCAGUAAAGCCUUCUUCCCCAACAAGGCCUUCUUCCCCUGAAGGAAGUCAUGAAAUGCCUAACAGGUUCUCUCAAAAGGUAGAAGAGACAGAAAAGUCUGCAGAAGAUGAAGAAAAUGAAGAUGGGAGCAAGUAUGUUGCAAAGUUGAUAAAGAGUCAUGAGUCCAUUAUUCGCCGGAAGAGUGAAGAACUGAAUUUGAGUAAGCAUGGAAUAUUGCAAGAAAGAAAGGCUUCAUAUUCCAGGAGAAGAAGGGAACUGAAUCGUGUGAAAGAAAGAAUCCAUGUUGUCACUGAAAAAUUGGACAAUUUUAUAUAUCGGAAUGUUAAACUUAGUGAGUCUCUUUUCAAGCAAAGAUGUGUUCAUGACACAGAACCGUUUGCAUUGAGGCAGUUAUCAGAAGUAGACAAGAGUCAUACUAGCAAGGCUGCUGAAAGUAAGGGAAGUUCUGAAGAAAAGGUAAAAGAAAUUUGUGAUGCUGAAAAUAAAAAACAGGAGGAAUUGAAAAAGGUGUCACCAAGAGACAAGGAAUUUAACGCAGAUCAAAAUUUGAAAUCUGAAAAUGUGUCUGGUUCUAUAGAUGAUCAAGCAGAAGAGUUCAAUAGAAAAUUGUUCAACUUUGAGUUGGAGAAGCAAAUACAGGAGCAUGUAUGUAAGUUUUACAUAAGGGAAGUAAUCAAUGAGUGGAAUGAGAACAUAGAAAAACAAACAAUUGAAAGAAAGAUCAGAGAUGACAUAAAUCUGAUUUACUUGUCUGAGGCAGCAAAUCAAGAACUUUCCUUAAUCAAAGGGCAUGACAGAGAAGCUAGGGAAAGUUGUUCACAGUGCUUGACAUGUAGUAAACAAGUAGAUGAAAAAAUAAAUAGCACCAUAAGUGAGGAUAUAUCCAUGUUUAUCAUUCGGAAAACUAUGGAGGAAUUCAACAAAAAGAUGAUAGAUUGUGAACUAGACAGUGUCCUAACAGAACAGAUGCAUCAGAUUGUCUUUGGUGAAACGUUGAAAAACUUUGUUAAUAUUGCAAGUUUUGCUUUAAGGGAGCAUAGAGAAAAUAGGAAAAGUUUUCUGGAUCAGUUGCAGUUUAUGUCUGUAGAAAAUUUUCUGAAAGAAGAUGUCUGCAUGGUUGUAUUCAAAGUCAUGUUUGAGGAAUGGGGAUGGGAACUAGAUGACUACUAUAUGGAGAAUUACAUCAGAGAGAAGGUAGACCAAGUUGUCAUGGUUGAAACAUUCAAUGAUGCCUUUUUCUUGAGCAUGGAAGUUAAUUCAUUGGUUGAAGACAAUUCCAUGGAAGAUGAUUGCUCUACCUCUUCUAUGAUGGUAAAGCAACUUUGGAAAGCUGAGGGAGAAGAGAACUUGACAACUAUGCUAUUAGAGUCUCUACUUAGUUGUUUUGAGGCAGAGGAGAAUCUGAUGCUAAGUGCAAAGUGUGAGAUCAAGGAACAAUGCAGGCAACUAGACUUGGGUUCAGAACGUGGAGACCUACAUGAGCAUGAAAUAUUUGAAGAGUUGAUAACUGGAGAAGAACAAACAUUCUCUUCACUGACCAGCAAGGUAGAAAAUGUGUUGCAACAAUUAGGUAUAAGCAAGGCACUUCUGAGGCACUUAGGCACCAGCUUAGGCCAUAGUCUACCUGAUUCAAACAGUUUUCAGAAUCAAAUGUCAAAUAAUGAAGAAGGUCAAUUGAGGCUGUCUUCUACUGCUUUCAUGCCCCUUUUGAAUCUUUUACUGACAUUUGCAGAAUUCGAGCCAAUGAUAUGCCAGAAGUUUGAGAUGAUGACUGUGAGAUUGGAAAAGAUGAAAGAUUGUUUGGAUCCCCUUAUUGAGUUGGUUGGUUGCUUCAGAAGCAAGGAAUUACUUUAUCAGAAGGCUUUCGUUAAAAGGUGCCAGAAUCUCCAAAAGGCUGAAGCUGAGGUCGAUCUUCUUGGUGAUCAAGUUGAUGCACUUUUAACGUUACUUGAGAAGAUAUAUGCAACCCUUCAUCAGCAUGCACCAGCUUUGCAGCAGUUCUUUAAGGUCUAUGACACUUUGGAGUUGAUAAAAAGAGAACUGAUUAGUGGAUCUGUUGAAUCUGUAAUUGGUGUCGUGUCGUAA